AUGGUGCUACUUACCCCAGGCUCACAGUCGCCCGUCCGCAAACGCUACCGCCGCCGCAUCCUCGACGAAGAUCGCAUCGCAGCCCUCGAGUCGCGCGCAAGGAUCCGUCGCGAGCCGUCGCUCUCGCCGCGGAGGCUCACGCUGCAUCCUGAAGAGUCUGCUAAGGACGGUCAGGAACAGGCCAAGCGAGGCGGCGAAGCGGGACCUGCGCCUCGAGCGAAGUCGCCUUCGAGGAGGAUCUCGACCGACUCGACUCUCACGCCCCAAUCUUCGAGUUGCUCCGAAGCAGUCGUCUCGAAUAGGCGCUCUGAGUGCACGCAGCCAUCAGCGAAGAACCUCGGACCCGUCCCCGAUCCGCUCAAGGUCGCGAGGGUGCUCUCGCCGCACGUCAAGGGCAAAAACCAAGCGCGCUCAGAGGACGACCUGCCAACGUCGAUGGAGCAGCUGCUGAACGUCUUGCCGAGGACGAGGACGACGAUCAAGAGCAAGACGCCUGGCAAGAAGCGCGACCUUCGAGUCGACCCGUUCGCCUCGCCGGUCCCUUCGCCUCGUCCUCGUCAACCCGCUCCUCGCGCCUCUGCUCUCUUCCGUCGAGCUCAGGAGGACAGCGACGAGGAGGAGCUCUUGCACAAUUUUCUCGGCGCCGCAGACCUCGCCGGCAUGUCGUCCAAGACCAAGACGCGAUACGUCGAGCGCGCGGCAGGCGGAUACCUGCAGCCCCUCGUCUUCGACUCGGAAGAGGCGAGCGAGUACAUGCCUUCGGACGAGGAGUGCGAGGUCAAGAAGAAGACAAAGAAGCGCAAGAGGGCGAAGCAGGAUGCCGGACUCGACGAUGUCAAGCGGCUCAAGAAGGGCGAAGCGGCCAAAGGCGACUUCAUUCGCCGAACUGAGCAGACGGCGUUUGCGCCGCUCCUUGCUCGCCAGGCUCGACCUGCCCCGAAGGCAGCUCAUCGUCGCGCGAAGCCGCUCGCCCGCAAGAACACUGUCAGCGGGCUUGGCGACCAAGUCAGUCGGGCGACCGGCUUGAGGAUCAAGAUGUCUGCCAGGGCGAAUCAGCAGAAGAAGCCGGCCGGACGGCGUCAGACGCUUGACUCGAGGCGCCAGCCUCUCGAGUUUGGCUUUGAGGAGGAAGCGGGAGACGUCGCUCCCAGCGCAUUCGGGGAUUCGCCGGUGUACGCCAUGCUCGCAUCGAAGACCGUCCACUCUCGCUUGAAGAACCGCUCCGCCGCGACUCCGCACUUCCGUCACCGCUUCGAGCCGGCUCGUCUCCCGCCUCCCUUGCCCUUCGCGUCAUUUCAGCCGUCGAAUAACGCCGCACAGCACAAGACCCCGCCACCGAACCUCCAGCAGCGUUCGAAGCAGGUUGAGAAGGUCGAUCCGCCUGUCCAUCCCGCUCCCGUCUCAACGGCUACCACUACUGAGCCACCGAAGAGCAAGUUCCGCUUCGACCGCGGUCCUAAGGCGCACAAGGCGCUCACGGUCGACGCCGAGAAGUGGUACGCCGACUUGGCUGAGGCGCAGGCGCAGGGCGAGAACCUCUGGCCUCCUAGGGCUCGUUCGCCGUCCGGCGAUGCUCAUGUCGCGGGCAAGGAGACUUCUCGACGCGAGGCUGUCGGCGAGCGGGUUGAGCAAGACGUCGCCAACCUUUCUGUCUCGGCGAAGAAGCAGAAGAUUCUGCGCCGCCUGCCGACGAUGCCUAGUUUUACCUUUGCACCGUCGCUUGAACAAGCCGAGGGCGUCGGCGACGACAUUGCGGGGAGCAGGGAGGCGGCGCCGCGAAACGAGGAAGAUGCGGGUCACAACUCGUCUCGCGAGUUCCGCAAUGCGGCAUCCGCACAGGCUGCGCGAGUCAGCAACGCAGGUCAACGAGACGUCAGCGUGAUUCGUCGUCGCGUUCCGACAGUACUGGUUCCGCCGACGCCGCUCCUUCCCAGCCCGCUUCCUCGCUCGUCGUUCACAUCCCUGCCUCUCCCGACCGCAGGUGGCGAGCGCCUUUUCGUGCCGUCCUCGUCCGCCCUCUUCGACAGCGUCGCUGAAGAUAACGACAAGGCGUCGUCCUCCCCGUCGUUGCGGUCCCUCGAUCUGCACGGCGAAGGUCCCGCCGCCGACCGCUUCAUCCUCUCCGACUCGCCCCUGCUGUCGCGCAUCCCAAGUCCCGGCUCCGACUCCCCACUUCCGACGAGAUCGAUGUCGAAGAUGCAUGGUCGCAGGAAGGUCGGCAGACGCUUGCUGUCUUCGUCCCCGUCGAAUGCGCCAAUCGUCAGCCGCGAACCGACUUCGCAGCUCGAAGUCGACGGUCUCGUCGAGCAACCUCCUUCCGACGUCUUCUACAUUGCCGGCACCGAGACGCUCGAGGCAGCCGCUGUCGACCUCGCUGUCACGGAGCCGGCGCGAGACGAGGACGACGACUUUGGGACCAUCUCGCUCGGAUCCGCCGACCACCUCUUCGACCUUCUCGCCUCGCUUCCACUCACCGCCAUGGCGCAAAAGGCCGUCGACGACAAGCUGGCGCAGGUCACGCAGCUGCGCAACGACAGCAUCCUUCCGAGUCCACCGCAGACAACGCCCAGGAGGAAGAGGUGCCUCUGA